AUGUGGUUCGUUCGAGUUCGCGAACGACACGGGCAUUACUGUUGGAUUAGGUCGUCCACGUAUUGGUUCAGUCAAUACAAGUCAGUCAGAGUCCAGGUCGAGUGCUUCUUCGGUCGUUUUAUCAACAUAUUCAACGUCUUCAAGUCAAGGUACAGGAUGGACCACAAGCAUCUCGAUAAGGACUUCUACAAUUGUUGUAUGCUGGCCAACAAGAUCAUUGACCUCAAUGCCCUAUCGAUGGUGGACCAUUCCUUCUACCGUGCAGUCGUCUAUCGUCGCUACCUGAGGAGAAUGCGCUACGAAGAGAGAAGAAGAAAAGAUAAGAAGCUUGCAGCCCGUAUCCGACGCGGCCGCAACAUUAGAAGCCAUCGCCCGACCCAGGGUGAGUCGGACGAGAGUGAUCCAGAGCCUAGGCCACCUCCUGCUAACGUUGCUCUCAAUGAGACAGCAGAUGAGUUAGUAGUCAACAUCUCCAACAUCUCCAACAUCUCCAACAGGUCAGAUAAUGGAUACGACGAUGAGGAUGAGGAAGACAACCUCCUGGAUGGCAAUUCAGAUGAAGAAGAGAUAGACGAGGAUGAGGCAAAUGCAUUCUGUGAUCGGUCUGAUGAUGAUGAAGAAGAUGAUGAUCAUGGACCAUUCACUGGUGGCGACGAUGACAAUUCUUCUUCAGACGAAGAGUCUGAGCGACAACAAGUGAUCAGACCAUCACCACCAGAGAGAGGCACUACUACUACUACUACCUCUACUAAUAUAUACAGUCGACAGUAUGCCAACAAGAGAGCAAGGAAGUAA